AUCCUGUGUCAUGAUAUGUACCGUUGAUGUUUCAACUUCCAGUCGCUGUGCAUCUUCCUAAACUCCAACUUUAGCUAACCUGCCGCUUGACUGCGGAGUUGAAUAAGUCAGAGAGAUGUCUUCAGCACAGACAUUUUCAGACCCACACCAGCACAAGCGUGUAUCUUCUCAGUCCAACCCUGGAUUCCUGGAGCGAUUGAGUGAGACUGCAGGAGGAACAGUUGUUGGUAUCGGACUCUUUUUCCUCUCAUUCUAUGUUCUCUUCACCAAUGAGGGACGGGCUCUGCAAACAACAUCUUCCCUGAAUGAGGGUCUUUCUCAGGUUGUGUCGUUGGAGCCUUUCUCCAGCCUCGACUUGCAGAACAACAACCACUUAGUUCAUCUGUCUGCACAGCUGCGCACUGCACAGCCCCUCCAUGACCCCAAUUACAGAGUGGUGGUGCAAGCAGUGAAGCUGAAGAGGCAGGUGGAGAUGUAUCAGUGGGUGGAGUACCGGGAAAGCAAGGACUACCAAGAGAAUGGUGAGACCAAAACUGAGACGACGUACAACUACAACACGGAGUGGAAAUCAGAGUUGGUCAACAGCCGGAAUUUUGACAAGGAAAUUGGUCACCAGAACCCGAGUGCCAUGGCAGUUGAGAGUGUGACAGUCGUGGCUCCUGAAGUCAGAGUCGGACCUUUCAGUCUGUCUAAAGGCCUGGUGGAGCAGAUAAACAACUUCCAGACGUUGAGUCUGAGGGAUUUUUCUGCCUUCCACUUGGAUCCUUUUCUCAGCAUUGAUGACGAUUAUUUCUAUCACACCCAAAACCCACGGAGGCCGGAGGUAGGAGAUGUGCGUGUGAGAUUCUCCUUCGCUGGACUGAGUGCCGAGACAUCUCCCUUUGGCCCGGCUCAAACUGUCAGUGUUGUGGCCAAGCAGAGCGGGGAUCAGCUGAAGGCUUUUAAAACCAAGUCAGGAGACACUCUGGAGAUCCUGUACCUGGAGGAGCUCUCUGCACAGGAGGUUUUUGAGAAGGAGCACCAGUACAACAGUAUGAAGACAUGGGGCCUCAGGGCUGCAGGCUGGCUCCUCAUGUUCCUCAGUAUUCAACUGACCAUGCGCAUCAUCCACACACUGGUGGACUGGGUCCCUCUCCUCAGAGACCUCGUGUCUGUCGGGCUGAAGAUCUUCGCCCUGUGCGUCUCCUGCUCUCUCUCCCUUCUCACCAUCGGAGUAGGUUGGCUCUUUUACAGACCGCUGGUGGCUGCGGCUCUGGGGGCACUCGCUCUGGUUCCUGUGUUUCUGGCCCGCUCAAGGCUUCCAAGCAAGAAGAAUGAGUGACUAUUAAACUGAGGAUUAUCACAACAGUAUCUGAUGACAGCCGAGACUCGCUGUAUAUCAGAGGAAUGAGACAGCACUGUGUAGUCAUUUUUUCCACUGCAGGGUCACAAACCACAAAGGACUCACUUUCCUGGGUUAAACAGAUGGUGGUAAAUGUGUUUUGUUCCAAUAGGUACUUUGAUAGGUUUAUUCCAAAAUCUGAGUUGAAGGGGCUUAAAAAUAAUAUUUUUUUACUUAGUGGGCAUCAGUCUGUCAUUUUGGAGAGUAUUAAUCUAACGUUCAGGCUGCAGGUGUUAUGAGAUGUAUCCUUAAAGUUUAUCCACCACGAUAAUCCUCGCCGCCUCACAUCCUCAUCUUGAUAUUUGUUGCUCACAAUGAGCAACGUAAGAUUACUGUAGUGUCUGUUUUACUUUAUUGUUUAAGACUUGUUGCUCCCUCCACAAAACAUACUCAGAUGCCAGUUUAUUAGGUAUACCUAACUAAUGCAGUCUAAUGUAACAGCCCUACUGUAAAUUCUACCCUCAUAAAGCUUAUAAUGUUAUAAAGAAGUGUUAAUUCAGUGUUAUGGUCAAUGGAGGCCUGUUGAACUACAUUCUUUAGUCUACACUCACUGAUGUAAAUGAGGUGGAGAAAAUAUUUGUUUCAAGAAAAAAAGAACAUUAUAAACGUCAUGAGAGGAUUUAUUGCAAGGGUGCUAAUCAGACUACAUUAGUUUUAGCUAGGUGUACCUAAUAAACUGGCAAAUGAACUGAGUGUGUUCUGAAUGUAAAACACAAGUCAUCUUCACAUACCACAUUUUCUCCUUAUCUGCAACACUUGAGGAAACUGUGUCACAUUUUCAUAAUUUACAUUGCUGGUGUCAUCCAAACAACUAGAGGUGAAGUGUUAAUAUUUACAAAUAAUCAGUUUUCACUUGGGAAAUGAUGAAUGUAUGAAUGUCAGUGCUUUGUCUAGACAAAAAUACCAAUUUUGGUAAAAUGCCAAAGAGCAGAAUUUUGUUGUUUUGUGUGUAUGCAUGUAUCUUAAAUAAAGCACUUGUUUUGUGUUUCCUGUUGGGGUGGGAGUUAAGAUGGCCUGGAAGAAGGGUUGCAGUGGAUUAGGAUGAUGUAUGACAAUCUUUUUUUUUUUUUUUUUU